AUGGGACAAUCCUCGGCGAGCGCGGGUGCCAACAUCUCAGACAUGGACGAGAAAGUAGCUUCUUGUAGCCAGCAGCGGACUCUUAGUUCCCCCGUUUGCACUGAACUUGCUGUCCAACUUGCCAAGGCACCGGCUUCUGCUGAUGCUGGCGACUCGCAGAAGAAGGAUCCGUGGCUCCCUCCCGGCUCCUAUGCCAUCGAUCCGGCAAAGCCACACAGAAAGCCAUCCAAUUCUUGUACUCGAAUUCGCGAGGACAUGCUGCGAUGUUACGAGGGUACCCGAUGCUACAGAGAGGGCGCAACUUUCGAGGAGUGCCUCAACUCUAACGAUCCUGAGUACGUGACGCAGGAGUGCAUAUGGUUGCGGAAGGGCUAUGCGCAGUGUAGGCGAGACCUUCUAAAUCGGCAACGGAUCUGGCAGCGUGGCAACCGGUCUGCGUGA